CUUUUUUUCCCCGUAUAACUAGCAAGCACUUGAAAAAGUGUACAAAAGAGCAUAACAAAGGUAGAAAAGGAAUUCUGACUAAAAAAGUGAACAAAAACAAAUUGAUAACAAAUAAACGUUGUAAAUUCAUUAAAUAAUUCAAGUGUUACUGGUGAAUAGAGACAAACAAAUUGCACAAAACAUUUGGAUUGAAGAUGAACAUUCAAAAUGUCUUGAAGCAAAUUCUCGUUUUGUUAUGGAUUUAUACAAUUUGUUUCAAUGGUGUAUUUUCCGAAUUCCAACUCGGCGAUCCAUAUCGGAUUUUGGGGAUUGAACGAAAGGCAUCACCGCAAGAAAUACGUCAAGCGUAUAAAAAAUUAGCCAAAAAAUGGCAUCCGGAUAAGAAUGACGAUCCAUUGGCCGAAUCGAAAUUUGUCGAAAUAAAGAAAGCGUAUGAAUUAUUAUCGGACAAUGAACGUCGCAAUGCAUACGAUUUGCAUGGUGUUACAAACGAAGACGCAUUCAAUUCACGGAAUGGACAUGAUUAUAGUCAAUACGGGCGUUUUGCGCCCGAUCCAUUUGAGGAAUUCUUUGGGCAUCGAUUCAGCUUCGACCAGGAUAUUAGCAUAUUCCAUAAAUUAUCAAUCACGUCACGAUACUAUGAGACUCAUGUUGUGCCGCGAAGCUAUACAACACCGCACAUUCUAAUGUUUUAUGCUGAUUGGUGUUUUUCAUGCAUGAAAGUGGCCGGCGCAUUCAAGAAAAUCAAAGAAUCUUUGGAACCGCUUGGGUUUGUAUUUGCUACAGUAAAUGCAGGCCAUGAGACGAAUCUAGCCCGAAAGGCAAGCGUACAUGUUUUACCGUGUCUGGUGUUAGUGUUGGAUGGCAAAAAUUAUGUGUUCAAAGAAAGCUCAUUUGUACUGCAAAGUGUUGUUGAUUUUAUUCGUCAAAAAUUACCGUAUAAAAUGAUUGUGCCGAUUAAUGAUGAUAAUGUCAAUGAAUUCCUGAGUGGUUGGUCUGAUAAUAGAGUACGCGCUUUAAUCAUGGAACCGAGAAAACAAAUUCGACUUCGCUAUCUAAACAGUGCUUUUCAAUUUAGACAACGUGUACUAUUUGGAUUUGUUCAACUGAACACUGGUGCCGCCGAUAAAAUACAAGAGAUGUAUAAAGUACAUCCAAGUCUUGACACAUUAUUGAUGUUUAACGAGGAUUCAAAUCGUCCUGUGGCCAGUAUUUCAAUGAAUGAUAUUCCAACACCAACUCUAAAUAACGUUGUAUCAGCGAAUCAGUAUUUGGCAUUGCCUCGACUAUCCUCACAGGAUCUGCUCGAUGGCAUUUGCCCCACCGAAUGGAAUCGACCCAGAAAACGUUUGUGUGUCAUUUUGGUCACCGAAAAUACAAAUGCUCACGAUGAGGCUAGAGAUGCAUUGCGAAAAAUUGCACUUGAAUCGGCAUUUAGUGCGGAACGUGUUCGUUUCGCCUAUAUUUAUCAAGAUCGUCAAGCGGAAUUUGUGAGCGCAUUAUCAAAUGGUAGCGAAGAUACUCUUUUGCGAUUGGUGGUUAUUUGGCGUCGUGAUACAUCUCAUAUAAAAUAUGAAUGGGUGAGUGGUGUGUCAUUGCAUGUCAAGCAUUUAGAAAACGAAACGUACGAGCAAAGUUUUAAUGCUACAAAACGCAAAUUAGACGAAUCGAUUCAACGUUUUCUUCGCACAUCCGAAUCACUGUCAUACGAAGCCGAAGUAAAGGAUUUACUCGAUGAACAUGCUCAAAGUGUUUUCGUUCAAAUUAUUAACAAAAUGUUCUUGUUGCUUGAGUAUUUUGGUGAUAAUCUGGGCCGUGAACAUGUUUUACCCGUACUUUCUGUAUUUGGAACGAUUGGAUUUAUCGUUGCCAUCGGUUAUUUGUUGGCAUAUUUGGUGCGAAUUGAAGAAGAAGAUAUACAAAAGAAGCAAAGCACCAAAAAUAAUAACAAUAAUGGAACAGCCAAACCAGUACCAUAUGUGCCAGAAUUGAAAUUACAUGAAUUGCGUGCCGAAAAAUACAAUGGUUUGGUGCGACUGUUGAAACCAGGCUGUCGUACCAUCAUUCUUGUUACGGAUUUACAAUCAAGACCAAAAUUGAUUCCAGGUUUUCACAAAGCAGUGUGGCCUUAUCGAAAAAAUAAGACAUUGAUGUUUGCGCACAUGCUCAUGGAACGUGGUCAAUCAUGGUUUACAGAUCUUCUCCGUCUGUCAUUGUUGGAAUCAAGAGAUUUACAAAUUAAUCCAAGAAACUGUAUUGGAACGGUGUUGGCACUGAAUGGACAUCGAAAAUAUUUUUGCAUGUAUCAUGCCAAGCAUCCAGAGACAAUUCGUGGCACCAAACGAUUAAUCAAACUAACACGAGAGCUUAGCAACAACGUCGAUCCAGAAGCUGGAGCAUUCCUAGGUAUGAAUGGAACUGAUUCAGAUUCCGAUGAAUUUGGCGGCGGCAGUGAAUUAGAUGAAAAAAUUUUAUUGGAAGAAAAUUUGUUGGAUGGAUUGAGCAAUUGGCUUGAUCGUUUAUUUGAAGGUUCAACACAUCGCUAUUAUAUAAAUUAUUGGCCAGAUUUCCCAACCAAAUAGAAGAAAAAUACACAAAUUUAAAUAUAUAUAUAUACAAACAUAAAAUAUAUUAUAAUAUAUCACGUGCGAUUCAGUGAUAUAAUAUAUAUCAGAUGUACUGCAUGGUCUCGUAUAUCAUACAGCAAAAACCGAACAAGAAGUUUUAUGAUAAAUCUUCACAUUUUUACACUUAAUAUAAUAUUACUCCCGAAUGAGCACGUAUACAUGCUAUUCAUUAAUUAAAAACAAAUGAAUUCUAUCAGAUUUUUAUUGAUUUGUGAUUGACGUUAAGAGCAAAACCUUCCUAAUUAUUACAUACAAGAGAUUUGUUUUUCGGUUUUAUAACGUUCAAGCAUUUAUUUUAUAGCAAAUGUCAAGAGGUUUUUGUUGAAGAACUGAAUCCGUAAACAAUUCAAAGCAGAAUUACAAUUCAUGUGUUUUUCUUUUAAAAUAUUAUUAAAUCUAAUGACAGAGUUUUGACAGCAAGUAAAUGAAUUUUUGUCAAAAUGCCAUCGUGCCGAAUGUACCCGGACACAUUUUCUAGUCAUUUCCAAAUGUGUGUUUUUGUUAUUUAUUUCAAUUGAAUUUAUAUUAAAUGAUAAGCAUAUUUAAGUACAUUUUUAAUUUAAACACAAAUUCGUUGUCAUAGAUUUUUUUUUAGUGGAACAAAAAUUAGAUAAGCAGAUGCAGCUAUACGUGCUGUUAAUCAGUUACCAUGACGUAAAUAGCUAACUAAUUGAAAGUAGCUAAAUAGACACGAAUAAAGUAUUCAUUUUAUUUAAAUAUUUCUUUUUUUUUUUUGUUGGUUAAAAUAGUAAUGUUCCUUUCAUGGCCUGGAAAUGCCUAUGUAAUUUACAUAUAAACGAGUGAGACUCAAACAUGUUCUUCUUUUUCCAUCAAAUAUACCAGUGGCGCCACCAAUUUUACAUAUAAGCGCAUACAAAAUUUUCAAUAUGGCUGCGCCCAUGAGAGAGAAAAUUUCGUCUCAUUCAUUUCCGCCCCAUGGUUCCUUUGCUGUUUGACGCAAUAUCUGAAAGCUUUCAAAAGACAUUUUUUUUGAGAGAUGUUCGAUCCUUUCAUACUUUGCAUCUGUAGAAUUUAAAUAAAAAAGCUUUAAACUCGUAAAGAAUAAAAUCCAUAAGCAGUUCAUCGGGUUACUAAAGGAGAUACAAAAAGUGCACAAGCCAAAAUAUUUUCAAUCAAGAACUUGUUUCUGCAAGGAAAACGCCGAUAAUAGCGAAAUAGAAAUAAAACGUACCAAAAAUUGUCAAUAUUUUUACUUUUUUUGAAUAUACAAUCUAAACUCAUCUCAUUGCUAUCCUUUUGCCACAGUUGUUAGUAACAGAAAGACGAACAUUUUCACUAUCGAUUAAGAUUUUAUUAUCUUUUGUUCAAAGAAUUCAAGAAUGUGCCGGUUUUAGUUGAAAGUAAGUGAAAGGAUUAAACGAGAAGCAAGAGAAAAAAAAUAUGAUUGCUCAUGUGUGAGCUUAUGAGAAAUGGUUUGGGUAUUUGAAUAUUAAAAGAGAUUAUUAAUAAAUGACAUGUUCCAAAUGUUUUCAUUAUCCACGAGAUUUUAUAAAAGAUUAACUAUUGUACCGAUCCAUUGUUAUUUUCAUCGGAUUUCGUGUUAAGUUUUUGGGUAUUUUAGGUUUAAAAUAAAUCCCGAAUUUUGGUAUGAAAUCCAUUUCAAAUCUAUAAACAUUAUUCGGAGGCACAAAUAUUGAUGAAAUUGAAUCGUAGAAUCGAUCUAUGAAUUCUCUUUUAGAGCGCCAUCAUAUGUUAAGAACCAAGUUAGAAAUCCAAUAAAAAUUUAAAUGACUAAAUAAUGAACACAAA